AUGGAUUGCACAGAAAAAGAAUGUUCCAUUGGCAGACUCAUGAUACAACAUCUGGCUAACAACUCCAUGUCUGGUCAUCUUGAAAGCUUGACCCCAGAUGAGUUAGAAGAGUCCAGUGAGCACUAUUCCCAAGAAGUGCAGAGUUCAGAAAACAAAAAUGACCAUAACCACUGUGUUUAUGCCCAUACUGUUGUGAGUGAAAUUAAACAUGCAAAAACAUUAUCCUCUAUGCCUGAACAUUGCAGUAACCAAACUACUGCAUACUCACCAAACAACGAUAAAAGACUGGCACAUAAUUCUGAAAGUUUAGCUUCACUAGAAGGCUCAUCUUUCAGUGAUGAACUGUCAUCUGGAUACACAUCAACUAUUGAUGGGCAAACUUUGGAGGUGCCAGAAGAGCACGUGCAAGAGGUUUUAAAUCAGCUGAACCAAUCAAUUGAGGCAUUUAGUUCUGGGCUUCACAUGAUUCCUUUCUCCAGAGAUUCUCAGACUCCUGGAGAAGGAGACCAUUCCAUAAAGCCUCGGAGUUCCUUCUCGGAGGGCAUUUUCUUAAAUCCUGCCAAUCUACCACUAUGUCAAAACCUGGUUAGUAAAAAACAACUGGCCUACAAUACACUGGAUGCCACACCUAGGCAUGACUACUAUAUCCACUCUGUAGCUCCUGGGAGGCUGAAACGAAGUCGUCCAUCCUUGGAUCUACUGCGUAAUGCCAUACUAGAUGAGCAGCAAAUGGUCCCAGUACCUUUGGACCAAGAUGUGGAAUCAGGUGACAAGGACAAAGCUGAGGAAGUGGAAGUGGCCGAUGAAAAUAAUGCAAAAAAGAAAGAGAAAGAAAAAGGGAAGUGGGAACCUGUUCGAUUUGGAUGGAUCAAAGGAGUCAUGAUUCGUUGCAUGCUCAAUAUCUGGGGGGUUAUCUUGUAUUUGAGAUUACCAUGGAUCACAGCACAGGCCGGUAUAGGUCUCACAUUCCUCAUCAUUCUGAUGUCUGUCUUGGUGACGUCAAUCACUGGUUUGUCCAUUUCUGCUAUAUCCACCAAUGGCAAAGUCAAGUCAGGUGGAACAUACUUCCUCAUCUCUCGCAGUCUGGGACCUGAGUUAGGAGGCUCAAUUGGGCUCAUCUUUGCAUUCGCCAACGCAGUUGCUGUAGCCAUGCAUACAGUGGGCUUUGCAGAGACCGUUCGAGACCUUCUCAUAGAAAACAAUGCCGUAAUUUCUGAUCCAGUAAAUGACAUCAGAAUCAUUGGUGUAAUAACAGUGGCAGUUCUGCUUGCAAUCUCAUUGGCUGGAAUGGAAUGGGAAGCAAAGGCUCAGGUCGCAUUCUUCUUUGUGAUCAUGGUGUCUUUUGCAAAUUACAUAGUGGGAACACUUCUCCCUCCCACCGAAGAAAAGCAAUCCAAGGGAUUUUUUGGCUAUCAGAGUUCUAUAUUUUUGGAAAAUAUUGUUCCUGACUGGCGGGGUGAAACUGGAACCUUUUUUGGCAUGUUCUCUAUUUUUUUCCCAUCUGCUACUGGUAUCUUGGCUGGAGCAAAUAUUUCUGGAGACCUAAAGGACCCAGCAGUGGCAAUCCCCAAGGGAACACUGAUGGCUAUAUUCUGGACCACCAUUUCAUAUCUGGCAAUUUCUGCUACAAUAGGCUCCUGUGUUGUCCGUGAUGCAACUGGUAUUUUGAAUGACACAAUUCCUGUGAAUCAGACGAUGGAUUGCGAAGGACUGAGCUGCCAGUUUGGCUGGAACUUCACUGCAUGUGGAGAUACGGAACCCUGUGUUUAUGGCUUAUCUAACCACUACCAAGCAAUGAGCUUGGUGUCAGCAUUCAGUCCUCUCAUCACCGCUGGUAUCUUUGCUGCCACUCUUUCUUCGGCCUUGGCUUGCCUUGUCUCUGCUCCAAAAGUUUUCCAGUGCCUUUGCAAAGACAAGCUAUACCCUGUUAUUGGAUUCUUUGGAAAAGGUUAUGGGAAGAACAAUGAACCAAUCCGUGGUUACAUUCUGACAUUCAUCAUAGCUAUUGCAUUCAUACUUAUUGCUGAGCUAAACACCAUUGCUCCAAUUAUUUCCAACUUCUUCCUCUGUUCCUAUGCACUAAUCAACUUCAGCUGUUUCCAUGCUUCCAUCACCAACUCACCAGGAUGGCGCCCCUCUUUCCGCUAUUACAGCAAGUGGACAUCCCUUUUUGGUGCAGUGGUGUCUGUGGUCAUCAUGUUCCUCCUCACAUGGUGGGCUGCUCUAAUAGCUGUGUCCAUCAUUGUAGUCUUGCUAGGUUAUGUGACCUACAAAAAACCAGAUGUCAACUGGGGAUCCUCAGUGCAAGCUGGAGCCUAUAACAUGGCCCUAACAUACAGUGUGAACUUAACGGGAGUACAGGAACACGUCAAGAACUACAGGCCGCAGUGUCUUGUUCUUACUGGACCACCAAAUUUACGUCCAGCUCUGGUUGACUUUGUCAGUUCCAUAACCAAAAACACAAGCCUCAUGAUCUGUGGAAAUGUGUUGACUGAAAGUGAAAAAAUGAGUGACUCAGAUGGACACAUACAAUGGUUGAACACAAGGAAAGUGAGAGCGUUUUAUAGUGUGAUCUGUGAAAGCAGUUUGAGAGCUGGAGCCAAAAAUCUCAUGCAGGUGUCUGGUCUGGGACGUUUAAAACCAAACACUCUGGUCUUGGGAUUUAAAAGCACUUGGCAAAGUGACCCAGGGCAGAGUUUAGAAGACUAUUUUGGAGUUAUAAAUGAUGCAUUUGACUGUCAGUUUGGGGUGUGCAUUCUGAGGAUUAAGGAUGGUCUUAAUGUGUCCAAGAAGGUGCAUGGCGAAGUUAAUAUGGCCUUCCAGGACUCUGAUGAUGAAUUGGAGUGCAACAAAGAACAGGAGAAAGAACCUCCUAGCCCAGUUCCAGAAAGCGUGACUCAAGCAAAUACUACCUUCCAGAGCCGCCAAGGCAAGAAAAGCAUUCAUAUCUACUGGCUGUAUGAUGAUGGAGGUCUAACACUCCUUAUACCAUAUCUGCUGACUCGCAGGAAGCGUUGGGCCCAGUGUAAAGUUUGUGUUUAUAUCAGAGGGAAAAAUGAAAAUGCAGAGCAAGAAAAAAAAGAAAUUCAAACACUCCUGGAGAAAUUUAGACUUGGCUUCCAUGACGUUGUAGUAUUAACAGACAUUGAAGAGAAACCAAAACCCAAAACGAUGAAAAUGUUUGAGGAUCUUAUUGCUUCAUACAAAUUCAAUGAGGGACAGGUACAAGAUGGAGAAUCGAAUAUCCCUCCAUGGGCCAUCAGGGAGACUGAUUUACUCAAUUACAUGGCCAAGUCGGAACGCUACAUGAGAAUGAAUGAGAUUCUACAGGAGAACUCAAAGGAUGCUGCCCUUGUUGCAAUAAGCCUGCCAGUUGUCAGCAAAGCAGUUUGUCCCAGUUCCCUCUAUAUGGCCUGGCUGGAAACCAUUUCACAGGACCUCAACCCACCAGUAAUUUUUAUCCGUGGCAACCAGCAAGACUCGCUAACGAUGUACUGUCAGUGAUUACUGCAGCCUGUAGGGCUCA